AUGGCGACCACUGACCCCAGCCUCUCGGACCCUCUCCUCUCACUUCGCCGCGUCCUUGCAUCCGGAAGCCCUCCCAUACUCACAACCUCUCCAGACCUCUCCACCGAACAUGCGACGGAAGAUCUAACCAAGGCGACCCAUCUCUACGUCACACAGCCCAUUCCGCAGACAAUCUCCCUCUCCACGCCAACCCGUUUCGUCUCCGCGGCAGCGAAACAACCGAUCGAUCUACGAAGCAUCUAUUUUGCGUGGCAGAAGAAAGAUGUUGCGAUCCCGGAGUACAUCUCCUCCGCUCAGGAGCUCAAUGAGGCGCUGAGCAGGAGGCAGGAGAACGGUGAGGGAGAGGCGACGAAGAUCUUGAAUUUGGUGUUUGUUGAACGGUUGGAUCUGAUCACUUGGCUUGAGGGUGCGUCGGAGGAGAGCGAGUAUAUUAAGCCUUUGGAAGGGGUGGGUGCUCCUGGUGCUGCGGAUGCAUCUGCUGCGGCGGCGGGUGCAGCGUCUGGUGCGGUGGGAGGAGUGCCUGCUGUUUCGAGUGCCGGGGGCAAAGCGGCUGGGGCACCGGCGAUUACGCAUGUUGGUGGGAGGCCGGUUAAGGUUAUCGAUGCGAGACUGCAGCAGAUUUAUAAUGGGGAGAGAAAGUUGGGAGAUCGAAAUACAGUCUUGAGAGGGAUUCGGCCGACGGACUUCUCUCACGUUCGCAAAAUUGCCGAACGUUUUCUUGGCCGGAGCCGUUCAGGCGCAGCUCCGUAUCCAAGUGGUGGUGCAAAACCAGGUGUCAAGCCAUCCGCUCCAGGACCAGGCCGUGGCCUCGUUCCCAAGAAAUCCUCCGAUUCUAGCUCAUCGCGUCGUCCCAAUCCAAUUAUCCUAGUCUCACCGUCCGCAUCUUCUCUCCUCCGGAUGUCAAAUAUCAAGACCUUCCUUGAAGAUGGCACCUAUAUACCACCAGACCACCCAUCCCUCUCCAAAUCCACCGGUGCCAACCGUCUCAAAAUCUCGCGUGUUCUUCAUUCUCUCCACGACUCUUCCAGCGCCACAGCCGCCAAGCCAAAUACUUCCCGCAGCGGAACGGUCUUCAUCCUCGUUGACAGCACUGCUGAUUUCAAGCCUGAAUACUGGAAUAAUGUCGUCGCUGUUUUCACUACCGGCCAAACAUGGCAGUUUAAGUCGUACAAGUGGUCGUCACCACCGGAUCUUUUCAAGCAUGUGACGGGUAUAUUUGUGGGCUGGAGAGGAGAGGAGGUUCCCAGGGAGGUCAAGGGAUGGGGACGUGGUGUGCGUACGUUCGCAGUUGAGCGCUGGGAUGAAAAGAGUGCGAAUGUAAAUGGACCUGCGAUUGGUGGGCGGACAAGAUGGAGAGAUAGAGAGGUUGUCGAGGGUAUAUGGGGUGCCAUUGAGGAAGGAAUGAAAGCUAGAGGCUGGGGCUCGAAGUGA